AUGGGUCUUUCAUACAACGUCUACCUGAAUUCUGCCAAAAUCUUUGGGUGUAAGAAUUGUAAGACGCAUCUCGCCGAUUUCGACGACAUUAUAUCCCGGAACUUCCGGGGCCAACAUGGCAAGGCCUUCCUGUUCGCCUCGGUCGUCAAUAUCAAGCAAGCGGAAGCGAUGGAGCGGAACAUGACCACGGGGAGACACGUUGUGAGGGAUAUCAAAUGCAAGCAAUGCGAUGAAACCGUGGGCUGGAAGUACGAUAAGGCGUACGAGGCCAGCGAGAAAUACAAAGAAGGCAAAUAUAUCUUGGAGUCGGAGCUGCUCUGCACCGUGACCUAA